AACUUUUCCAAUGAAAGGUAGCUGGUAAUUUAGCUUAGAUAGAACCAACAUGCCACAUCUCUUCACUGCCAUAAAUAUAUAAACCUUCUCAAGCUUCAACCCUACUACUUUCAGCAAGAAAUCACUGAGGAAUAGGGAAGUGGCAAUGGUGCCAUUAAGCACUAGAAGUUACAAGAACAAGGAAGUAAACAGAGGGUCUUGGACAGCAGAAGAAGAUCAGAGACUGGCUCAAGUUAUUGAAGUCCAUGGCCCAAGAAAGUGGAAGUCUGUUGCAACCAAAGCAGGUCUAAACCGAUGUGGGAAGAGUUGCAGACUGAGAUGGAUGAACUAUCUUAGACCAAAUAUUAAGAGAGGCAAUAUAUCAGACCAAGAAGAGGACUUGAUACUCAGGCUUCAUAAACUCCUUGGAAACAGGUGGUCAUUGAUUGCCGGAAGACUGCCUGGUCGAACAGACAACGAGAUUAAGAAUUACUGGAACUCUCAUUUGAGCAAGAAGAUCAAGCAUAACGAGAGAUCACAAAAACAAAACAGACUACUUUCUGCAUCAUCAAAUCCAGCAGCACAAGAGUUGUCCUCCUCGUCCGAGCCUCAGAAUGUUGAGUUAAUGGAGAACCAUUCUGUACCAAUUGGAAUAGAAGAUGACAGCUCGAAACGCGAGGAGAACUACUUCUUCAAGUCCAUGAGCUAUAAUGGAUCAUCUGGAGAUGAGUUCUUGUUUGAUGGCUCAACUGCUGACGAGGGGCCUUUGAAUUUGGAGUGGAUGAAUAGAUUUCUAGAAAUGGAUGAGAGUUGGUUCACUCUGCAUGACAUUUGAGCCUCGUUUCAGUUUGUAGUUAAAGCACUUUCGACAAGGCCUUUUGCUAAUUCUAGGAAAAAUCCCACUCUAGAUUUUCUCCAUGUAUUCUUCACUGAGAUUUUUCCUUGCAUUAACAAAUUUAUGUUGGUCUUCUUUUAAAGCAAA